GGUGUAGCGUAUUUGGAAUGAGCUGAAGUGAAGACAUGACGUUCUACAGACUGUUAGAAUCUACGUGAUGUUGCAGGUAUAAAGACGCGUCGACCUAAAACUCCCCGAGUUGGAUUUCACCAUAUUUAUCGGUUUCCACCAGUCAGUUACAUAUAGUUCAAUCACGCAGUAAACUUUUCAACGAGUCAAUCAUACAUAUUUACCCCGAAAUGGCAAAUCCAGAAGCCCAGAAAAUUUUAGAAAAUCUGAGUACACUACUAUCCGAUGCUUCAUAUGGAAGUUCUUCGAAAAACCAACAAGAAGCUGUGAGGUUGAGUAAGGCGCUUACCGCGGCGAUUGAAGCACCGGAGAAUGUUGCCAUGGAACUUGCUUUUUCGACGUUCAUACCUAUGAGCGCACGAAUUGCAGUAGAUCUAAAUCUUUUCGAGCAUAUUGUUAAAUAUGAGCCUGUUAAUGUUGUAAAAUUGGCAGAGUUGUCGGGUGCGGAAGAGUUGUUGUUAAAAAGAAUAUUGAGACCUCUCUCCUCUACAAAUUUCGUCAAGGAAGUGGCCGAGGAGACUUGGGGGGCUACUCCUGUUACGAAAGCCAUGACGCAGAAGGGUAUUGCGGCUGGUCACCGGAUGUUAUUCGCAACCUCCAUGCUAGCCGCUCUCCACGCCCCUCGCUAUUUUCUGGAAACAAGCCACACCUCUCCGACAAACCCCCACGAUGGCCUCAUGCAAUACGCACACGGAACCAAACUACAAAGUUUCGACUAUUUCUGCACCAUGCCUGGGAAUGUGAUUGGAGAUUUUAAUACUUUUAUGGGGAAUACGAUGGGGGCGCGGAAAUAUUGGUUGGAUUGGUGGCCGGUGGAGGAGAGAGUUUUUGAAGGGAUGAAAGUAGGGAAUGAGGAGGAAAACACGCUGUUGGUAGAUGUGGGUGGAGGGAAGGGUCAUGAUGUGAUGGCUUUUAAGCAAAGAUUUGGGGGAAGGGGAAAGGGGUUGGGGAGAUUGAUAUUGCAAGACCAACCGCAUGUUUUGGAGGAGAUUGGCAAGGGUGAAUUAGGCGAGGGGAUAGAGAAGUGUGGAUAUGAUUUUUUUACUGAACAGCCUGUUAAGAACUCUAGAAUUUAUUUCUACCACCAUAUUCUCCACGACUGGUCUGACUACAAAUGUCUUGAAAUCCUACGCGUUCUUAAGAGUGCAAUGAAACCAAAUUACUCAAAACUCAUCAUUCAUGAGAUGAUCGUACCUGAAUCCGGGGCAUCAACAUAUCACGCUCUUUUGGAUUUGACAAUGAUGGCUUUUAAUAGUGGGAUUGAGAGGACAGGGAAAGAAUGGAGGGAGUUACUCGCAAAAGCUGGGUUUGAAGUCAUGGGUAUUUGGGUCCCUGGGGAUGAACCAGAUGCAGAUGGGAUCAUAGAAGCUAUUGUUAGAGAGUAGAAUUAUUCCCCUGUUAAAUAGUACAUAGAUGAUUGCAUAAGUGUCACCUAUCACUUAGUAUUGUCCGUUCACGUCUCUCAAUUCAAGAGAGAAUAUUCACUUUUUUUUAUUUUAAAUGAGCCACUGAAUCGAAGAUAUA